AUGACACGCCACCACCGGCCCACGGCGCUGCACCUCGCCGCCGUGCUCGCGCUGCUCUCCGCCACGACGAACCUGCCCGGCCAGAUGUUCGUGCCUGGCGUGGCGGCGAUAGAGGAUCUGGAGGCCGAGGACGUUCCGCCUGAGUGUGUCCAGGUAUGCGCGCCGAUAGUGCAGCUCACGGCACGGUGCGAGGCCCAAGUGAAGGCGCAAUUUGGGACGGACAAGCGGGAUCUAUCGACUCGACAACAUCAAGAUAUCUCGGAAACCAGAGAUGUGGAAGAAACAACUUUGAGGAGAUUGUCUGGGAGAAGAAGGAGAAGAAGGGACCUGCAGAGGAUGCUGGGGCGGAGACUCAGCAGCAGACAGGAACCGGAGUCAGACGGCGACAGCAGCGACGAGGAAGAGGAGACAGCGAGCCUGACUCCCGGGUCGGGGCUUGUGGCGGCGCCUACUUUGGGCGUCGGACGCUCGGCGAGCGAAUCGGCUGCUAAAGAGGCUGCUGAGGCGGCGGCGGAGAAUGCUUCGAGGGCAUAUCAGGGAGAUCAUUGGAGAAUGCGGCUUCGUUGCCGCGCCGGCCGCUCCGGCGCCGGCGGUCACCACUUCUACCACUACAACCACCUCUCCGCCGAUAGUACCACCGCCGGUGUUGAAUCCGGCAGUAACAACAACAUUACCCGCAAACUUGGCGCCCAUCCAGCCUUUCCCAUCUUCAUCUACACCCUCAUCCUCAUCAUCGAUACCCCUACCGCCAGCAUCAGUCAUACCACCGGCCAUCCAAACGUCCUCCUCAACAACUCCACCGCCGCCGACCUUCCCGCCGGCAGUGCAAACUUCCUCUCUGUCAACUCCCCCUCCGCCGCCGCCCUCCGUACCGCCCGUCAAUGUGGCGUCCUCGACGCCGUCUUCGGAGUCCAUCACGCCUGUGACGGUGUUUGUUCCGCCCAAUUUCCAGACGUUGCCGUCCAUUGUGCCCCCGAAUGA